GCAUCAAAAGGAAAAAUUAAGGAACUUUAUAAAAUGACAACAAAUGCUCAUAAAUACAGCAUUUUGCUGCCCACGUACAACGAAAAGGAUAAUUUGCCGAUUAUAAUAUGGCUAAUAGUGAAAUACAUGAAGGCCAGUGGCUAUGACUAUGAAAUAAUUGUUAUUGAUGACGGCAGCCCAGAUGGCACCCUGGACGUGGCUAAGGAUCUGCAAAAUAUCUACGGAGAGGAACGGAUUGUGUUACGUCCUAGGGCGGCCAAGUUGGGCCUGGGCACGGCCUACAUACACGGCAUAAAACAUGCCACCGGCAACUUUAUUAUUAUCAUCGAUGCCGACUUGAGUCAUCAUCCUAAAUUCAUUCCGGAGUUCAUAAAGCUGCAGCAGAAGGCUGACUAUGAUAUUGUGUCGGGUACGCGGUACGCAGGAACUGGCGGGGUCUAUGGCUGGGACUUCAAACGCAAGCUUAUUUCUCGCGGCGCUAAUUUUCUGUCGCAGGUACUGUUGCGGCCCCAGGCAAGCGAUCUGACUGGCUCAUUCCGUUUAUAUAAGAAACCUGUGCUGGAAAAGUGCAUUGCUAGCUGUGUGUCUAAGGGCUAUGUUUUCCAAAUGGAAAUGCUGGUGCGUGCGCGUCAGCAUGGCUUUAGCAUUGGAGAAGUUCCUAUCACAUUUGUGGACCGCAUUUACGGCACUUCCAAGCUAGGCGGCACGGAAAUUGUACAAUUUGCUAAGAAUUUGCUGUAUCUAUUUGCCACAACUUAAUAGAUUAACAGAAAUCAAUAAUAAUAGGAAACUGCUUCUGGACUUAAUGGAA